UCUGGAGGCGGAUGAUGUGAAGGAAUGUCUCUGUUUGCAGGCUGUGCUGUUGGCCGACAUUCUUCCAACUCUCAUCAUCAAGCUUUUCGCUCCCUUUAUGAUCCACGUCGUACCGUACGGUUUCAGAGUUCUGUUCUGCGUUGCCAUGGCAGCAACGAGUUUCCUGCUGGUGUCCUUUUCCUCUGCUGUGUGGAUGAGUAUUGUCGGAGUGAUAUUUGCCAGUAUCAGCGCUGGACUGGGAGAACUAUCCUUCCUGAGUAACUCAGUGUCUCUUCGACAGGUUUGUUUGACCGCUCUGCUUCCUCUCUUUAGGAAUGUUUUGGAAGGCUGGGGCUCUGGGACUGGUGCUGCUGGUGUUGCUGGUUCCCUCCUUUACUCCGGCCUCAUCCAGGCAGGUGUCUCACCCCAGAUCACUCUCCUCAUCAUGCUGGUUGUCCCGCUUGUCAUGUUUGCUAGCUACUUCUACCUCCUGACUCCGGUACCUUCUCUGCCUCAGUGGAGGAGGUCAGAGACGGAGCACCCAGCUGAGGAUUCCCCGGAGCAAGAGCGACUGAUAAAGGAAUCCGAGGAUGAGGAACGGGAGACAUCAGCCUCUGCAGAGGACAGGAGCACGGGGCCCCUUACCCUGAAGGAGAAGGGCCGCGUCAUCAAGGGCUUAUGGCCGUUCGUCCUUCCACUGGGUCUGGUCUACUUUGCUGAGUACUUCAUCAACCAAGGCUUGAUGGAGCUCCUGUUUUUUCACAACUUUUUCCUUUCACAUGCAGAGCAGUAUCGCUGGUACCAGACCCUGUAUCAGGUCGGUGUGCUGGUGUCCCGAUCCUCUCUGUGCUGCUUUAAGUUCAGGAGAGUGUGGAUUUUCUCUUUGCUGCAGAUGCUGAACUUGGUCAUUCUCCUGUUUGCGGUGCGCUUCCAGUUCCUGCCCAGCGCCUGGAUCGUCUUCGCUCUGAUCCUGUAUGAGGGUCUGCUUGGCGGAGCGGCUUAUGUGAACACCUUCCACUUCAUCAGCAAGGAGACUGAAAGCAGAUACAGAGAGUUCGCCAUGGCAACCGCCAGUGUUGGAGACAGUCUGGGGAUAGCCCUGGCUGGAGGCGCUGCGUUUCCUGUGCACGAUUACUUCUGUUCCCUGUGACGAAGCCUGCGCCUCUACCAGCAGGACGGAUAAGCAACGCUUCGGGGAUUCGUUCAAAUCAGCAAGGCUUGUUAAAAGGAAGAUUCCUACGACUCGCACACAUUCAGAGAGAAAUCCUCCUGCAUUCAUUCAUUCACAACAGAUGCAUCAGCUGCAUCUUAAUUCUAUGUCCAGAGUGUUGUUGUUUCUCUGGGCUGUCUUUCUUAUGUUAUUUUACCAAUAUUUUUUCUAUAUUGCACUAUGUUUUUAUCUUCUGUUAACUUAAGCACUUUAUUUGAAGGUUCUUUAUAAAAACUGGUUUUAUUACUCAGAUUCAUCAGGAGGCCAACAGCAGAUAUUAAGGAGAGCUCUGGUUCCUGUAAACUGGACCUUCAGUUAAUCCCUUAACUGUCAGGAGAACAUCUGUGUCCUGAAGGAAAAUAUUUAUCACUUCUAAGCACCAUUAACUAAAAACUGGUUCCCAGUAAAGCUAACUGGACUGUGUAGUGGAAAAAGUUAAAGUGUGACCUUUAGAAAGCCAUCAGGGUCUUCAAAUGGUUCAAUAACAGCAUUUCAUUAGAUUUGCCCUUUUUAGGUGUUUUGGGCAUUUUUAGGGUGACAGCUGACAGAUGAAAAAAAUCUUUUUCUGCUAUUUUCCUCUGAAACAAUAAUCAAAAGAAUAAUGACUGAUGUUUUAUGUUUAAUAUAUUUACAUUUUGAGGGUCGGCUUAGUGAUUGUGAUGAAAAGAGAGGCGAUAUUUACAAGCAAUAACUGCAAGUGAACUCUUCCUGGCCACUAAGGGGCACCCUUACUUGCUCUCACCACUGAUCUCUAUGUAUUCACUGUUGAUAACCUGAAAAAAGGGAAGUCACUGGCUGCCAUAUUGGUACUCUCCACUCCCACAGUAAAAAUGCCUAUGUGUUACAUUUGGUGGCAAAAACAAGCAGUUUUCUGGCUGUGGGAAGUCAUUUUACAGGUAAUUUCACAGUCAGUGGAUGAACUAACCAAUAAAUCAAUCUAUA